AGGUUGCUGCAGCUUUAAGGGCAGGGUGGCGGGGGUUUAAUGAUCAUCGCUGCUCAGGUCCUGCUGGGUCUACCAAAGGCAUGGGGAUGGUGUAGGAGAGAAAGGGGGCAGCUGGAUCCAGCCAGGGCGCUUUCCCUGGGACAGGACAAGACUUGGCACUGCCUGAAGUACUACAGGCUCAAGUCAUUCUCUACAGUGUAUAUUGUAUGAAAAAAAUCCCCAUUUGGAAAAUCUCAUCUCAGCAUUUAGCAGUGACUGUAAUUGGGAAUGAAAUAUCCAAACUUGUGUUCUACUUCUCAUCAGUUCAGUCGUUGUGUGAUGAUCAGAGAAGAGUAAUGAGAACUGGAUUCUGGAAAGCAUAGGUUUAUGUUCCCUCAUGUCCAAAAAAAAAAAAAACAAAACCACGCCACACAUGUCACAGCACAGUGGAUCUUUUUGGUUGCAUUGUUGUUAUGCUUUCUAGGCAUGUAAUUGCUGCUACAUUUUGAUUACAACUCUGAGGUCUGACCCACUGGAAACAUGGCUACGAGUGCUGUUCCAAGUGAAAACCUGCCCACAUAUAAACUGGUGGUGGUUGGGGAUGGUGGUGUGGGGAAGAGCGCUCUCACCAUUCAGUUCUUCCAGAAGAUUUUUGUGCCAGACUAUGACCCAACCAUUGAAGAUUCCUACCUGAAACACACAGAAAUAGAUGGCCAGUGGGCAAUUCUUGAUGUUCUAGACACCGCAGGACAAGAGGAGUUCAGCGCUAUGCGGGAGCAAUACAUGCGGACGGGGGACGGGUUCCUUAUAGUCUAUUCAGUGACAGACAAAGCCAGCUUUGAACACGUGGACAGGUUCCACCAACUGAUCCUCCGAGUCAAAGACCGAGAGUCUUUUCCAAUGAUAUUGGUGGCCAACAAAGUUGAUCUAAUGCAUUUGCGGAAAAUCACUCGGGAACAAGGAAGAGAAAUGGCAACUAAACAUAAUAUCCCAUACAUAGAAACUAGUGCCAAGGACCCACCUCUGAAUGUUGAUAAAGCCUUCCAUGAUCUUGUUAGAGUAAUCAGGCAACAGAUCCCAGAGAAAAGCCAGAAGAAGAAGAAGAAGACCAAAUGGCGAGGAGACAGAGCGACUGGCUCCCACAAACUGCAGUGUGUGAUUUUGUGACCCGGGGGCUCUUGGCACCCCCGCCUGACCUAAUGUGAAUUAAAAAAGCACUAGCGAGACACACUGUACCACCUAACUGCACCGUAACACUUCUAACAGUGGACCUUACACCGAGGAACUUGCCGGGGGGGGGGGGGUGUUGGACUCGCUGACAUACUUGAGCGGCUGCCAAACUGCUGGAGCUUGGCCUGGUUUGCGUGUGGUGCAGAGUGGAUUGCAAGCAUGGCGAGGAGGAGGGAAUAUCCAGGACCAGGACUCUCGGUCAACAAUCCCUGGCUCCUUGGUGUUUAUUUUAAAAAGUGUGUGUGGGGCGGGGGGGUUUAAAGUGUUGGUUUUAUCUGCAAACAUUUCUUCAUGUGACCCAUUUCUAGCAGCCGUGAAUGACCCUUUGUUUGGUACAGUCGAUGUAUGUGUGGGGGCAGGGGGAAGGGCUUUUUUUUUUUUUUUUGCUCAGCGAGCACUGGGUUGGAAAGAAACCCAGCUGGGGUUAGUUUCUUUUGCACUGAACUCUCUCUUAGACAGAGAUGCCAAAAUGCAGCUUCAUAUGAGAGUGCAUUGAUUUGAAGGAAGAAAAUGAAUUCCAGCUGCUCUCUGCACUCCAGACCUUGUGUCAGACCCUGGAGGGCAGCCAGCUCACAGUCCAUAAACUCCAGUGUAGAAAAGAAGGGGUGGGGGUUACCCUCUAUGAGGAGGUUCUGUUUCUGUUUUGUAUUUUGGGGGCAUGUCUGAUUCAAAGGGUAUUUUGUUAACCUCAAAAUAUUUAAAUUAAAGUAAUUUACAAAUGGAA